AUUUUAUUGAUAAUGAUUUCUAUGAAAUUCAAAAUUCAAAUUUUUGUUUGUUAUGUUAACUUUUUUAAAAUGCCAGUGGACUUACAUAGGCUCAUACAAGGAUGGUUGGAAUUAGAAAGCGAUCCCGGUUUGUUCACGUUGCUUUUAGAAGACUUUGGAGUGAAAGGCGUUCAGUUAGAAGAGAUUUAUGACCUUCAAAAACCAUUGGACGGUCCUGUUUAUGGUUUUAUAUUUUUGUUCCGAUGGAUCGAAGAGCGUCGUAGCCGCAGAAAAAUCGUUGACCAGACAGACAUAUUCGUCAAAAGUGACGAUGCUAUCAACAGUGUAUUUUUCGCUCAACAAAUGAUACCUAACAGCUGUGCUACACAUGCCCUACUGUCUGUAUUGCUCAAUUGUUCAGAUAUACAUCUGGGCGAGACACUAGGGCGUCUUAAGGAACACACCCGGGGUAUGAGCCCUGAGAGUAAAGGAUGGGCGAUUGGUAACAUUCCAGAAUUAGCGAGAGCACAUAAUUCCCAUGCCAUGCCAAAAAGUAGACCACGUAUGGACAAAACACCUGGUUUAACAACCGGAAGGUUCACUGGUGAGGCAUACCAUUUUGUGAGUUAUGUGCCGAUCAAUGGUCAUUUAUAUGAACUAGAUGGGUUAAAACCAUAUCCCAUGGACCAUGGGCCAUGGGCUGAAGAUGAGAAUUGGACUGAGAAGUUUAGAAGGGUAAUAAGUGAUCGACUUGGAGCAACAGCCGAGUAUAGUGAUAUACGUUUCAACUUAAUGGCAGUUGUACCAGACAAACGAUUAGCUAUUACCCAUAAGUUAACUAUGCUCAAGACAAAUAGACAAAUAGUUUUAGAAGCUUUACAACAACUAGUUUUAGUUGAUGACUGUGAACAAAAAAGAAAAAACUUUGAAUGCGAUCAGUUGCUAAAUAAAUGUGCUAAAAAAGAAAUGUCACCCGUUCCUGGCUCAUCAAAAGAUUUUAAUGAAGAAAAGACAUGUCCAGAGUCAAAUAAUAUUGUUGUGAUACAUGUUCAAUCUUCAAGUGGUGGAUCAGAAGGUGAUGGAGAUCCAAAAGACAUAAAAAGUGUAUGUUUAGAAGCAGGAGCUAUGCCCAAAGGAUGGGAAACACCCUCUAGUCAUUCUUCAGAUAAAGAAGAUAAUAAUGAUCAAAAAUUGGAAAACAAUAUUAAACCUAAUCAUACUUUUUCUCCCAAAGACUUAUUGGCUCUUGUUAAAAAUUUAGAAAUUGAAAUUAACAUGAGUGAAGGUAUUUUACGAGAGGAAAAUGAAAAACGUAAUAAAUAUAGAAUUGAUGAUUGUCGACGUACACAUAAUUAUGAUCAAUUUAUUUGUACGUUUUUAACUAUGUUAGCUCAAAAAGGUAUAUUGCCUGAUUUAGUACAACAACAUUUGGGCACUCAAAAAAAGAAUGCAAGUGCACAACUUUCACUUGCUGUACAAUCAAAUUCCACAAAUCAAACACAAAUUAAAUCUAAAACCAACAAAACAAAUUCAAAAAGUAAUACAACUUCUGCUACGACAAGGCUUAGGACAAAACGGAAGACAAAUUCUAAAAAAGGACGUAAAUCGUGACAGGUCAUAAUUAUCACUCAAGAAUAUUUUACCUGAUCGCUUUACAUGAUGUAUGGUGGAAAUUAAUCUUGAUACCUAUUUAUUGUUCAUUUAUGAACUAUUGUUGAUGAUACAUCACUUCAAUUAACAUUGUUAUAAGUUUAUAAUUUUAAAGUACAAUAAGCAAUAUAUUACUUGUUAAAUGACUUUUGUUAUACUAAAUUAACUUUCAUAAUUUAGUUAACAGUAGAGUUGUGAAAAAUGCUUUCCAAAAAUUAAGUUCAACUGGAUAAAUUACUUUUAAAAAAUUGCUAUCAG